AUGAGUGAAGGUAGCAAACAAAUUGCAAUGUCUUCCGUGUUCUACUUUUUGCUGGGAACGAUACUCUUCCUCACAUCGUUCGGCAUUUUCGGCUUAUGCAUAUUAUUGUCGCUUUUUCUUGGCCUUAUUCUCGGAUUAUUUAUGAGCCCGUUCAGUCGUGGUCAAGAAGUAUCGGAUGAAUAUUUACGUAAAUUGAAUGAAGUCAGCAUGAAAUUCUGUUUCUUAGUUGGACGCCAAGGGUUUCUAGCAAAUCGUGGGCGAUUCUCCAGGAAUGCUUAUGAACAGGAGCAGCCCAUGACGAAUUCAGCUACCAUCGAUGCUAUACUUGAACAAAUGCUAUCUUAUGUAAUACGAGACUUCAUUGAUUCAUGGUAUAGCAGUUUAACACCGGAUCUUCAUUUUAAAGAAAGUUUAAAACGAUGUGCUAGGCGAACUGUUGCUGCUUUCUCUCAGUGUGUUCAGAAGGUGGAUUUUGUUCCUCUUUUAACUCAACACAUUGUCGAUGAUAUUGCUUCGCAUUUCCGUCUAUUUCGAAGAGCCAAGGAACGUGCACAACUUCAUUACGGUGAAAAUUACACAACGGAUGAGUUGGAGACAAUGUUUUUUGAUUUGGAAUUGGAAAUGGAGAAAUGUUACUGCAGGGAUCUUGUUUCUACCUGUUCGCACUAUGAAAAUGCAUAUUUUCAUGACGUCGCCGACAUUCUAUUAUACCUUUUGACACCUGCUGAAGAUUUUCGUUCUCGACCGUUUCGUUUUCUUCUCCGGGAAAUAUAUGUUAAACGUAUGAUGCUACCUCUCUUCGAUAUGCUUAGCGAUCCUGAUUUUAUUAAUCGGAGUAUAAUUUGGUUGCUUAGUGAAACAAAUUUGAAACCAGAAGAUUUCAUCGCAACACUUGAAACUACUGACAGUGUAAAGGCGCUGGAUGCGGUAUUGGAUUCACUUUGUGAGGAAGCAGCACAUCUGCGAACAAAAGAUUCUGGUGGUGAACAAGGAUUUUUGGUGAAGCACCAACUAGCCAGUAUUGAAUAUGCAAUAAAUACUAUAAAGCGACGAAUGGAUGCUCUAGCAGCAGCUGAAGUUGAAAACUGUUUGCAAAAGACAACAAGAAAGCUACCGGUAGCUAAUUCAUCUAUUGUGCAAUUACCAAUUCACGUUGUAUUAUCGAAUAAUACGGCAGUUACGUAUUUCGCUGAUUUCCUUGCAUCUGUUGGUGGACAAGCUUUAAUUGAUUGUUAUUUGGCUGUUGAGGGCUUUAAAGUGUCCGUAGAGCAUCAAUUACGAGGACUUUCUGUAGGUGAAACUCUUGAAAGCGAUGCUUACGAAACAGUUAGGGAGGCUGCUAGUUUCCUUUAUCAACAGUACAUAUCGCAAGAGGCAGUUACACGGGUCUCAUUGGACGAUGUUAUAGUGAAGAAAUUAUUAAUGCGCAUUCGAAAUGAUGAUCCACCUGAUAUGUGGUUCGAACAAGUGCAAGCAAGGAUUGUAGAUAUUUUGCGAACAGAUGAGCGCUUUUACGAUUCUUUCAAAAAAAGUUCGAUAUAUGUAAAAAUGUUAAAUGAGCUUGGGCUGAAUGAGAACAUCAGUUGUCAAAGAGGAAAUUCAGAAUAUACCGCUGAAGAUAAUAUUAAGUCAACUGUUGUACCUACGGCCUCUAAAACUAAGAUUCCAAAUGAUAUCGAUGGGUUAAAAUGUACACACGUAGGAAUGCAUGUUGUCGUUGAAACUCUUGGUAUAGGACAACAAGGGAAGCAGUCUUUCGCUCUUUAUAAUGUACGGGUUGCACGAAUUGAUAGAUCUGGAAAACAGAGUAGCACUUGGAAUGUUCUUCGACGAUACUCUGAUUUUCAUACACUGAAUUCACUCAUACAAUCUCGCUUCCCGAAGCUCAGUAAUUUGUGUUUCCCAGGGAAAAAGACAUUCAAUAAUUUGGACUCACGUUUUCUCGAAAAAAGAACGAAAGCGCUCAACAGCUAUAUGAUGAGUAUCCUACAACCAUCAGUUCUGGAAGCUAAUGCAGAUUUAGAAACACUCAUAUUUGAUUUCCUCAGCAUGAAGGAUUAUAUCGGCGAGAGGGAAGGUUUCCCAAAAAAGGUUAUGAGUGCUGUAUUUGAACCAUUAAAAAGUGGUGUUCGAGCUUUCGGCAAUGCAGUAACAGCUAUGCCUGAUACGGUUUAUGAUGGAGUAACUCGUGUAGGUGAUGGUAUUAAUAAAGCUGCAAAACAAAUCAUCGAUUUUCAACCCACACAGGGUUUAAAUGGUUUGUCAAAUAAAAAGGAUGAUUUGAGUCGUGUAGCGGCUGCUUAUAACGACCAGCAAUGGAUGGAAAGCAUACCCUUACGAGUUCUUGUACUUUUGAUUGGUGAAGUGUUUGGUGUACGUUCUCGAAAUGCUUGGUUUCGAAGAAGGCUGGUAGCUCUAUUAAAUCAAUUUGUUCAUGCAACAAUGGGUUCUUCGCUGAACCGUAAAAUUAUUGAUAUCGUUCAAUGGUUAACGUCAAAGCAGCAAGUUGCUCAAUACCUUGUUGCAUUCAGAAAUACAUUAUGGCCUGAUGGAAAGUUGGCGGAGAGUAGUGUAUGUCGUCCAGAAAGUGAACAAUUGAGAACAUGCGUGUUGGCAAGAGCCCAGAUGCUGAGCGCUUUACCGGACGAGUUACGACUGUUUAUAGGCGCCGAGACAACAAAUAAAGGAAUUGCAAAUGUUUCCGAAGUAUUUCAAAAUAGUCGACUUAAUCGGCGCCUUCUCUAUGUCAUAUUUGAAAGACUUCUUGCAAGUUUCUUUCCAGACAAUCAUUUUGAGAAGAUUUUUCCCCAAUUACAUGCAAAAAGUCCGCGUUCAAAGCCUUUUCAUGCUUAA